CAUCUGACCGUAGAUUACCAAACCGGUUGUACUUUGUGGAACAGAUGCGGCCGACUGCUUUGCACUCUCUCACGCUCCCACCCCUUGUUCUUCUUCUGGCGCUCAGCAUGGUCAAGGCUCUGACGCCUUUGAAGGUGUUUUCGACCUGGCUCCGCGACAUCAAGGACUCUGACGAGGACUGUGCCGAGCUUAUGCAGGAUAUACUGCAGUACCUCGUGAAGCUCCCCAUCACUCUCGAAAGCCUCAAGUCGUGUCACCUUGGCCGCAUCGUCAAGUCACUGACGAAGAUGGACACGCUCUCUGAAGAAUGCAAGACACUCGCAUCGGCCCUGAUGGAGAACUGGCGACAACUACUGGUGGUCGAGCCCGAGAAGAAAGAAGAAAAGCCGGUCGUCGUCGAGAACAAACCCGAUCUCAAGCGGCGCGCGCCAGGGACCGACGACAAAAAGGUCAGGUCGGCCAGCGCACCGCAACUGCCGGCCAAGGCCGCACCCAUCAAGAAGCCCAGGAUACUUGGAGAUGCCGCAGCAAAGAGGCGGCCUGAGGUCGAGCCGGUAGAGCCCCCAAAGGAACCGUUCCCGUCGCUGCCGCUGCCGAAAUUCAAGAAAAGCGACAAGCCCAUGAUACAGAGUGCACCUCCGAAGGAAGUGCCCGCUGAUGGACCUGACGAACCCAUGUCCGAAUCGUCCCCGACCAGCCGCCCACUAUCGCUUCUCGGGGCGGACGUCGACAUACCCUCGUAUCGAAGAGCUGAGGCAGUAGCGGAUACACCGGACGAGCCCAUGAGGGAUAGCUCCGAGCCUUCGGAUAUGGCUGACGUGAACAUGAGCGAUCCAGCGCCGCGGAAGAAGAAAAAGGUGUCGUUCGCCCCGGACCAUGAGCUCGAAAAGAUCCGGUACUUUGACGCUGGCCGGGAGGAGGAGGCCCACCAGCGCACCGAGGCCGAUCACCAGUUCGGAGACGCCCGCGAUUUGGACCGUUCGGAGGGUCGGCGCUAUUGCGGCCGCAUGGCCCAACCCUAUCUCGCCAGCAGGGAGAUGUCUGUCGUGCAAGAGCAAUACGAGAUUCGCGCCAUGCGGACUGUUGCGCCAACAAGCUCGUUUGAGAGCGUCGAUGCCAUUGAGCAGGCCAAGCGCGAGCAGACCGUCUUGUCUGCCAGUUACUUUGAUGAGUCUGAGAUCCCCAAUUCACCAGCCGAACCCGAUGCUAGGUUCGACGAGCCGCAGCCAAGCCAGUCAACCAGCUUCAAGAUGCCAAACGCCACAGGCUUUGUUGAACCAGCGCCUGGGGCACCUGGGGCACCUGGGGCACCUGGGGCGAUGCCAGCUGCUGGGGGCAUGCAUGAGGCGCCCGCAGAUAUCCAAGGGCUCACGGCCGUGCAACCUCUUGUCAACAGUGCUGCGACCCAGGCCCAGGUCCAGGCGCUCCUGAUGACACCGGCGGCCCAGGCACUGCUUGGCAAUCUCCUCCAGACUCAGAACGGCAUAUCGCUUCCGUUUUCUGCCCUUCCGCUCGGGACAGCACAGCCGCCUCCGAGCGGGCUACCGCUUCCCACCCAGCAGCCCUACCAACAGCUGCUACCGCCGCAGUCGCUGCAGCCGCAGCAGCAACAACAGCAACAGCAGUACCAACACCACCGCCAGCCACCACUCUAUCCCGGGCCGCCAAUGCAAACCCCCACCGCGCCACCGUCACCUCCUCGGGCGGGCGGUGAUGACCCAAUGCGAGGCAACCGGAGUAACCGUGGGGGAUACGCACGAGAGGCCGGCGGGCCCUACUUCAACCACCGCAACAACGACGGGGGCCAGUUGAAUGACAGUGACUACGGACCAGGCGCAGGCAGGUCCAAGCGGCAGCGGGGACCCGACCAAGCCGGAUUCCGGCGAUCCAUCUGCAAGUUCUGGUCGCCCAACCCCAGUAAGAACCAGUGCAAGUACGGAGCAAAAUGCAACAACAUCCACGAAGACAACGAGCGGCGCGGAGGAUAUCGGUGACAGUACGAGGCAGUGCGGGCUCGCUGCAAUUGGUCACAUUCUAUGAACGGCAGCAACCACC